AUGGCGUCGUCGACGAGCCCGUGGUACGGUGGGGGCUACGAUGUGUGGGACCCAUUCGACUGGCGGACGGGGUCGCCGUGGGACACCGGCCGCUUGUGGCCGGGAGGAGCCGGCGACGAAACCACCGCCCUGGCGCACACAUUCGUCGACUGGCGCGAGACGGACACCGCCCACAUCUUCACGGCCGAGAUCCCCGGGGCAAGGAAGGAGGACGUAAGGGUCCAGGUAGUGGAUCAGAACGUGCUGGAGAUAAGCGGCGAGAGGAUCAAGGAGGAGGAGAACGUGGGCGAUACGUGGCACAGGGUGGAGAGGCGGAGGGGCAGCUUCAGGAGGAGAUUCCGGUUGCCGGUGAACGCCAACCUGGACGACAUCAAGUGCUCCAUGGAACACGGGGUGCUGCGGGUGGUGGUGCCUAAGGUCGGCGCCUUGCCGCAGAGUAACGUCAGGCUCAUCGACAUCAGUUGA